UAAAUAAAUACAGUAAGAAAACAGUGAAGUAAUAGACAAAAUACUCUGUGGCAAACCAGAGACAACCCGUUCGAAACAUAAUUGGGACAAAGCAACCAUCAACUGCUCUUUUGCCACGGAAGGGCACCGUUUUUAACGGUGCGGUACGGUCACAUCCCGCACGCAGUUCAACACAACAUUAACACCGGAGACAAAAUACAAAACUUUCUCCCCGAAGAAGAAGAAGCAUAAGCAAUAAAGAAGCGAAAUCUCAACUAAUAUGAUGCCGCAUCGUAAGGCACCGCCUCGUAGUUGAUUUGUUCCUGAAUCCGGAAGGAAUUCCCAAGAUUCCCAAACCUGUAAGGAAUCGAUCGGUUUUUAGCAAUAAGUUAGGAGUGAAGACAUAAGAAAGAGUUAACCUAGCAAAUACAAUGAGCGACGUUAUCAAGUCUCGGCGUGAGCAAUCACAGAAGCGAAAGAUGCUACUUGCUCAAACCUUCGGUGUGUCCUGUGUGGAAGACCUGAAGCACGUUCUCGGCACUGCGGAAGACUCACCAAUCAACAAAUCGCAACGGUACGAGGACGAGGAAGCGACGUCUUCGAAAACGUCCCAAACAGCAGAAGGAUUAGUGUAUCGGGAUUCGUCUACCUUUCUGAAGGGUACGCAAUCGUCCAAUCCGCACAAUGAUUACUGCCAGCACUUCGUAGAUACGGGACAGCGACCGCAGAACUUCAUUCGAGACGUUGGCUUAGCGGACCGGUUUGAGGAAUACCCGAAGUUGCGCGAACUGAUCCGGCUGAAGGAUGAACUGAUAUCGGAAACUGCCACUCCACCGAUGUAUCUUCGAGCGGAUCUGAAAACAUUCGAUCUAAAAACGCUCGGCACCAAAUUCGACGUGAUUCUGAUUGAGCCACCGCUGGAGGAAUACGCACGGGGUGGUGCGGCCGUGGCUGCCGGUGCUCCGCGUAACUUUUGGUCGUGGGAUGAAAUUCUAGCACUAGACAUUGGUGAGGUAGCUGCGCACAGGAGCUUCGUGUUUUUGUGGUGUGGAAGUUCCGAGGGUCUGGACAUGGGACGCAACUGUUUGCGCAAGUGGGGCUUCCGAAGAUGUGAAGACAUCUGCUGGAUACGGACAAACAUUGAUUCACCUGGACAUUCGAAAAUUCUCGAACCGAAGGCGGUAUUCCAGCGGACGAAGGAACACUGCCUGAUGGGUAUCAAGGGUACGGUGCGCCGAUCAACGGAUGGUGAUUUCAUCCAUGCGAAUGUGGACAUCGAUCUGAUCAUCUCGGAGGAGGCCGAUUUCGGAAGUUUAGAGAAACCGAUCGAAAUUUUUCACAUCAUCGAACACUUCUGUCUUGGGCGCCGCAGGUUGCACAUAUUUGGGCGCGAUUCGACGAUACGACCCGGCUGGGUAACGAUCGGACCGGAACUGACCAAUUCGAACUUUAACAGCGAACUGUACGCCAAUUCGUUCGAGGAAAGUCCAACCACCGGCUGUACCGAACGUAUCGAAGCGUUGCGACCAAAAAGUCCGCCAGCAAACGGGAAAGUGUUAAGAGGCCGUGGCCGCGGUUUUCCCCGUAUUCGGGGGAGAUCGCGUGUGUAGAAUUACCACACAUCUACCCACCCACCCGCCUGCCCGAUCCGCCGGAGCAAUGAUGGUGGGAAAAGGGAGGAGACACGGUGACGAAAAAUUCCUUCCAUAAUGUUUUUCUUUUCUCCAUUUCAUUUCAACAGCCACAAGCAAGAAAAAAAAGCAAAAUAACAAAUAAAAACAACACAUUUUCAAAA